UCCAUGUCCCUAACUAGACCAAGAAGAAAAGCGACCAUCAACAAGUCCUACAACGACACGCUUGACGAAUCCCACUACGAGGAUCCGUCUGUGGCAUCCACGGCAGCAGCGGCUGCUGCCAUGUCCCUCUCAGCCAAACGGAAGCAGAGCUCCAAGAAGAGUCCAGAAGCUGCCAAACCACCCAAGUCCCUGAAGCUCACGCUACCGCAUAACUGGCAGGCUCCUCCCACCAGCCAGGAGUACUUUUCCCACAAGUUGGACCUCGAAGACGCCUACAUCGACUUCGAGUCCCAGACGCUCUACUGCCCCAACCAGCCAGGAUUCUCCAUCCAGAAGGGCGAAUAUGUAUAUAUGGUCAGCGAGCCUCCCGGUGAACCCUACUAUAUUGGACGAAUAAUGGGCUUCAAGAGAAAACGCCACGACAAGGCAACCUUGGCGCUGCCAGGCGACACUCCAGUGCCAAAUGGCACUACCAGCGAACAAGAGGUUGUCCAAGGAGCGGCCCAGGAUUAUCUCUUCCAAAUCCAGUGGUUCUAUCGCCCUCGAGAUAUCUCCAAGUCCACGGCUGAUUCGAGACUCCUAUUCAGCUCCAUGCAUACCGACUCCUGUCCCAUCACCAGCUACAGGGGGAAGGUGACAGUCAAGCACAAACAAGACAUCGAAGACUCUUCGUCGGGUGCCAGCCCCAAAAAGAAGGCGUCGACACCUACAAGCCGAUUCGAAGCAUACACCCAGAAUCCAAACUGCUUCUACUUUGACAAACUCUUCGACAGGUACAUGUUGAAAUUCUACGAUGUGUUGCUGACGGCAAACUUGCUCCAAUAUUGCAACUCAGAGGACAGCAAAAGUAGAAACUACUUGAUAGCAUUAAACAAGCGUUUCGAGUUCAUUUUCGUGGAAAGCCAAAGGACAAAGUCCCUCAUCAAUUCGUUCAGUUCUUCCUCGUGUAACUGUGUCAAGUGUGGUCAAUGGUGUGACUCCAACCUGUAUAGUAUCAGUUGUGUGGUCUGCAAUAAGUAUUUCCACAUGUACUGCCUUGACCCACCGUUGACAAAAAAGCCGAGCAGGGGGUUUUCCUGGUCUUGUGCCUUAUGUACAAAAAAGCAAGACUUGGAGUAUCACCGCAAGAAAAUUCUAAUGUUAUCCCAUGACAACAAGUCCUCGAAUGCAUCCCAGUUGUCCACAGAACUAAGUGCAUUAAGCUCGCCAGAUUUGGAAUCAAAACUUGAAGACAGCCUAGAAGUGGAUCUGGACAAUAGAAGUGACGAUAAAGAGGAGAAUGGAGAUCACCUUCCGAAGUAUGAGACGAUGGCAAUAGAUUUUUUAGCCAAGGACAAGCAUCUAAGUCUCGAGCAAAGAAGGCUCAAAGAAGAGUGGUGCAUGAGAUAUUUGGGAAUGCACUCUAGACUUGAAGAUGGUGUUGACUUGGAAGACAGAUCUCCGUACCCAAGAGCAUCCACUCGGUUGGGAGCAAAGCACCAAGCUACUAAUAUUCCCGAGUUUUAUGACCACCCAUUGGUAUACUAUGAUAUAGAUAAGGCAGGCCCAAAGAAGAAGGGUUCAAACCCCUCAAAAAAGAUCCAGGAGAAGACAGAGGCUCUACCAAAGCUACACGUACCCGAGGAAUACAAAGACACAAACCCUAAAGAAUAUCCCCAGUGGUUGCAACCUAGACCAAAAGGCUAUGUUGAGAGAGGUGUGGAUGACGGAGAAGGUGUCUCUUGUACCCUAAUGUGGAAACUGAGUGAAUCUGACAUUCAAGAUGGAUUUACCAAGCUUGAGGACUAUGUCAAGUUAUGUGCUCCAACUGCAGAACUCUUAGGCAUUGUACCAUCAGCUCCAAACUUCAUGGAUUUUAUUUUGAAGACCUACAUGGACCAGAACGGGGAUAUUGCCAAAUCUCUUGAAAUAGUUCAAAAGCUUACCAAGAAGGCAUUGAAUGAACCAGUAUUCAAUAAAGAAGAAAUAAAGAGGUUUGAAAGUGGAGUCAAACAAUUUGGUAGUGAAUUAUACUUCGUGUCCAAGAAGGUUAAAACACAACCCACGUCAAUGGUCGUGAGAUAUUACUACCUAUGGAAAAAGACCAAGAAUGGGAAACUCAUAUGGGGAAAUUUCGAAGGUAGAGCACAAAAGAAGGUGCAAAAUAUGAAAGAUGAAAAUAAAGAGAAAAUUGUCACACCCACUACUUCAACAAUUGAUGAUUUAGCAGACCCAGAGGAUGAUUCUUCCUAUGAGGAUGAUAAAGUGAUUGAAUCGAAACGCCCGUUCACUUGCAAGCAUUGUUUGACUCAUAGUUCACAUCAUUGGUUCAGAAUGACUGGACAUGAUGCAGGUCCAAAAACAAAAGUUGAUGAAGAUGACCAUUUUAUAGACAAAUACCUGGAUUCGGUAAUCGCAUUGUGUUUCAGAUGUGCCCGACUCUGGAGAAGAUAUGCCGUCGUUUGGGAAGACCCACUUGAGGUGGAAAAGAAAAAUACUAAAACAACGGGAUGGAAGAAAAAAAUUGAAUGGGAACUCCUUCAAGAUUCCAAUAGAAUUUUGGACGAAGCAGAGAGUAAGGGAUUGACUUUAUCUUUCGUUGAGGAACAGGUCGAGGUUGCUGUACCUGACAAAAAGAAAUCUGGGAAAACAAGGAGAACCGAGACUAUUGGAAACAAUACUAUUCAAGAAAAGGUGGAGGAAGAACCUCCAAAGAAAAAGAAACCUACUCCUCCAAAAAAGAAAACUACGAAGGCUACUGCAGAAUCAAAACCGCCUACAAAAAGAGCGAAGAAGGAACAAUCGGCAUCACUAGAGCCCAAUGAUACUCCAGCUCCACCUAAAGACAAUAAGGAUAUCAAAGAUGUUAAGAAUAAUAGGGCCAAUGGAAACUCCAAGGAGCCUAAGGAAACUAAAGAAAUCAAAGAAACGAAGCCUGCCAAGGAAACCAAGUCUAGAAAGAGAAAAAUCAAAGAGGAACAACCUGCUGUUAUCUUAUCGGAUGUAAUUGAAAGCUUCAGGAAGCGCCAGCUUCUAGAUAUUACUUCCCAAUUUCAAGGUAUGCAAAUUCCCCACUUGACAUCGGUAGCAUUACCCUUCGAAACUAAUGCAAGGAAGUGUUGCCUAUGCCGAGAAGAUGAUGGCCAUAGCCAAGAGCUAGAAAUGUUGAUUUGCUCACAUUGUGGAGUUAAUGUGCAUGGGUCUUGUAUUGGUAUCCAGAUCCCAGACCAAGUCCCAAGACCAGUAAAAGAGUGGCUUUGUGAACCUUGUAUCAACGAUCUUAAGCCGAACCGGUCUACAGUUUACACCUGCUCCUUGUGUUUGGCGAACGAGUCCAAUUAUGAGUUAGCAAUACUAGGAUCUCCAUUGGUCAGACCUGACUUUUUGAAAUCAAUUCAUGAGACAGGAAAGUGGUGUCAUCUUUUGUGUGCUAUUUUCAAUCAUAACCUUGUUGAAUUCAAGGCAUUGCCAUCUAGUUCAUCUUCAAAGAAAUUGGAUAUCAACUCGACUAAAUCGAUCAUUGAAUCGGUUCAGAGUCCUAUUGCAAUCGAAGGCGUAUCAAAAGUCCAUCUCAAGCACUAUCACUCCAAAUGUGGAAUUUGUGAUUCCAGAAAUGGUUCAAUGAUUCGCUGUGACAUCUGCUCAAAUGACGACGCGUAUCAUGUGACAUGUGCCCAGGACACUCCAUAUUUCCAUCUUGGAUUCGAACUUGAUUCUUCGAAGUUCAAUGAAAAAGAUGGUUCGGUAGUAAAAGUUGGUGAAAAGAUUGGUAAAUUGAGGCCUGUGUUGAUUUGUCCUAAACAUGAAAAGCCUGAAACAGUGGAAUCCAUGCGAGCAAUUGGCCACAGAUUGCAUGGUGGGGGAAAGGAUGAAGCAAAGCCCUUGGUGCUCCUAUUUUUGGAGGAUUUGGUCAGACAUAACGCAAGUAAGUUGACUGGCCCACAAUUUAGAUCAAAUAACUACAUUCAAAAUUGCAAGUUAUUUGAAGAAGAGGAUAAGUUAUUGAGAGCGAAGGUUCAGACUUCCUAUUUCGGUACUAUUCCAAAGAGGUUCCAGCCAAGCUGUGGAAAGUGUCAUACAGUUGCAUCUCCUGUUUGGUGGGCCAAUGACGUCACCACUAAUCAGAAGUACAUGUGUCAAACAUGUCACCGCCACACAGUUGAAGGGGAAGGAGAAGUGGAGGAGAAGCAGGAAUCUUUACUCGAGUUAUUAGGAAAACCAUUGGAUGGGUCUAAUUAUGGUGUUCGGGACCAAAAAGACGAUUUGCUGAAGGUUUAUCAUGAGAACACCGUUGAAACUUCGAGAUCUAGGAUUUCGAUAGGCGAUAUCUUGAGUUAGUGUAUAAACAGUACAUAAUUACUAUACAAUAUAAAAAA